UUCGGACUCUGAUCGUAUUCAUCCCGUUUCGGACUCUGACCGUAUUCAUCCCGUUUCGGACUCUGAUCGUAUUUAUCCCGUUUCGGACUCUGAUCGUAUUCAUCCCGUUUCGGACUCUGAUCGUAUUCAUCCCGUUUCGGACUCUGACCGUAUUGAUCCCGUUUCGGACUCUGAUCGUAUUGAUCCCGUUUCGGACUCUGACCGCAUUGAUCCCGUUUCGGAGAGAGCGAGGACCUAGCGAUAGCGUCUGAAAAGUGAAGCUCGGGUAAGGAGCGAGUUUUUCGGUAUGAAGAUUGAGUUCGCCCCGCUCAACAUCCCCCUGCGGAGGAGGAUCCAGACAGCUGCUGUCUUGCAGUGGCUCUUCUCCUUCCUCGCCCUGGCUCAGUGUUGUCUAGCAGGCUUCGUUCUAUUGGCUCUCUCUGAUUGGUGGAUCUUGGCCAUGCUUUAUGCUGGAUGGCUGUGGCUGGACUGGGACACACCGUCCUGUGGAGGCCGAAGAUCACAGUGGGUUAGAAGGUGUGCUAUCUGGAAGCAUUUCAGAGACUAUUUCCCUAUAACGUUGGUAAAGACAAUGGAUCUAGAUCCCAGAAACAACUAUAUCUUCGGUUUCCAUCCUCAUGGUGUACUGGUUGCUGGUGGUUUUGGGAACUUCUGUACAGAGGCGACUGAUUUCUCCAAACUAUUUCCUGGUUUGAGGCCUCAUCUGCUCAUGUUACCUUUCUGGUUUCGAGUCCCUCUGUUCAGAGACUACAUCAUGUCUGGAGGACUGGUCUCCAGUGAGAAGUCCAGUCUGUCUUAUCUGGUGUCUCGUCCUGAAGGUGGUAAUGUUGCUGUUAUUGCUGUAGGAGGCGCUCCGGAGGCACUGGAUGCACGACCUGGUGCACUUGCACUUCAGGUCUCAAACAGGAAAGGCUUCAUCAAACUGGCACUCAAACAUGGGGCUCAAUUGGUUCCUGUUUUUUCUUUCGGUGAGAACGAGCUCUUUGACCAGAUGGCAAACCCCAGUGGUUCCUCUCUCCGCACAUUGCAGGACCAACUGCAAAGCAUCAUGGGAGUAGCCUUGCCUCUGUUCCAUGCCAGAGGAGUUUUUCAGUACAGUUUUGGUCUGAUUCCCUACAGGAAGGCAAUACACACUGUUGUUGGUAGGCCUAUCUCAGUCGUCCAGACGCCCUCUCCCAACGAAGAAGAUAUUGAUGCUCUUCAUCAAGUUUACCUGCAGAGCCUCAGCGAGCUGUUCGAAGAGCAGAAAGAGAAUUACGGGAUACCGAAAGACAGACACCUCCAAUUUAUCUAAAACACACACACACACACACACACACAUAAUAUAUAUUAUACACGUAUUUGUGUGUGCAUGUGUGUGUGUGUAUACCGAAUAAAGAAGAAAAAGGAAGAUAA